AUGGCUGAAGCUACCUCGCAUGCCUCGGCUGCACAAGAUAGGCGCGCCCAGCUGGACGAUCUCAUCGCUUCCGCUGCGGCCAAAGAUGCGACCAAAGAUCACAACUCUGCUUCGGAGCUCUAUUCUCAAGCCACCGAAUUACAAGCUGAGCUCAACGGUGAGCUGUCGGCAGAGAACGCCGACCUACUCUACGCCUACGGCAAAUCCUUGUUCAAUGUUGCCGUGAGCAAGAGUGAUGUCCUGGGAACCAAGGUGGCCGACCCCCAACCACAGAGCGCGCCUUCAGUAAAUGCGACAUCUACCGGUUCGAUUAAUGCUGGUGAAAUCCUGGCCAAAGAUACCAUCUCGGAUGCUAUGACAAAGAACGUUCCCUCUGGGAAAGAGGAGAGCACACCGUCCGAAUCCGCCCCGUCCAAGCCCUUCUUCCAAUUUACUGGCGAUGAAAACUUCGUCGAUUCUGAUUCAGACGAUGAAGAAAACGGCGAGGCUGACGGUGAGGAGGAGGAAGAUGACUUUGCCAAUGCCUUUGAGGUUCUGGAUUUGGCGCGCAUUCUCUAUGUCAAGAAGCUUGAUGGUGCGGAUGAGAGUAGUACCGCGAAAGGCAAAUCAACCGAGCUACCGGCAGACGUGAGACAUAUCAAAGAACGACUUGCCGACACGUAUGACCUCCAAGCUGAAAUCUCUCUGGAAGCCGAGAGGUUCUCCGACGCAGUGACUGAUUUGCGAACCUCUCUUGAUCUUCGAAACUCACUGUUCCCAUUUGAGGACCCCUCGGUCGCUGAAUGCCAUUUUAAGCUGUCUCUUGCAUUAGAGUUCGCUUCCGUUUCAGAGCAGGGAGAUGAGGAUGACGAAAAAACAAAGACAGUGGACGAAGAAAUGCGAAAGGAGGCUGCGACUCAGAUGGAGCGUGCUAUUGAGAGCUGCAAGGUCCGAAUGUCUCAGGAAGAGAAGAAGCUGGAAGCCGAUAAGGAUAUGGAUGAGGACAAGGUGACUGCCGCAAAGCGAAAAAUUGCGAACGUCCAGGAGAUUAUUGCUGACAUGGAGCAACGAUUACUUGAUCUUCGACGAUCACCAGUAUCAAUUGAGCAAAACAACCAGUCAGAUGAGGCCAUGCUUAAGGGUAUCCUCGGUCAGAUUGUCGGCCAUUCGCCAACCGAUCAGAAGGCACGUCUGGAUGCAGCCAGCAAAGGGGCAACAGACCUCUCAUCCCUGGUCCGACGAAAGCCUACCAAGCACGCUCAGCAAGAAACGGCUACGUCCAAACGCCCUGCUGAGGAUGAAUCACCGGAGGGAGAGACAAAACGUGCACGGGUGGAUGAUGCGUGA